CCCCAAACCCUGGGUUGACCAGAAGAGAGCAGGCAGUUAGGCGGACCUGACCCCCUCCAGGAUCGUCCUGCCAUGAAGCUCCUCUGGGGGCUGAUCUGGCUGGCCAGCUCCUUCACCUUGUCUCUGCAGAAGCCCAGGUUGCUCCUGUUCUCCCCUUCUGUGGUUCAUCUGGGGGUCCCCCUGUCAGUGGGGGUGCAGCUCCAGGAUGUUCCUCCAGGACAGGUAGUGAAAGGAUCGGUAUUCCUGAGAAACCCAAAUGCUGCUGCCCGCUCUUGCUCCCCAAAGAAGGACUUCGCCCUCAACUCAGAAAAUGACUUCAUACUCCUCAGUCUUGAGGUCCCACUGAGAGACGCGAAGACCUGCGGCCUCUUCGAACUGCGCAGAGCCCCUGAGGUCCAGCUGGUGGCUCAGUCUCCAUGGCUGAAGACCUAUUUGUCCAAACAAAUGGACAUUCAAGGUGUCAAUCUGCUUUUCUCCACCCGCCGGGGACAUCUCUUCUUGCAGACAGAUCAGCCCAUUUAUAACCCUGGCCAGCGGGUUCGGUACCGGGUCUUUGCACUGGAUCAAAAGAUGCGCCCAUCCACUGACACCCUCACCAUCAUGGUGGAGAACUCUCAUGGCCUCCGUGUCCGGAAGAAGGAGGUAUUUACUUCCACAUCCAUCUUCCAGGAUGACUUUGUGAUUCCAGACAUCUCAGAGCCAGGGACCUGGACAAUCUCAGCCCGGUUCUCAGACGGCCUGCAGUCUAACAGCAGCACCCAGUUUGAAGUGAAGAAAUACGUCCUUCCCAACUUUGAGGUGAAGAUCACCCCUGGGAAGCCGUAUAUCCUGACUGCUCCAGGCUACCUUGAUGAAAUCCAGUUAGACAUCCAGGCCAGGUACAUCUAUGGGAAGCCUGUGCAGGGCGUGGUGUAUGUACGCUUUGCACUCAUGGAUGAGGAUGGGAAGAAGACUUUCCUCCGGGGCCUGGAGUCGCAGACCAAGUUAGUGGAAGGCCAGAGUCACAUUGCCCUCUCAAAGGAUGAUCUCCAGGUUGCUCUGGAGAAUCUCAAUAUGGGGAUCAACGACCUGCUGGGGCUGCGUCUGUACGUUGCAGCGGCCGUCAUCGAGUCUCCAGGGGGAGAGAUGGAGGAGGCAGAGCUCACAUCCUGGCGCUUCGUGUCGUCUUCCUUCUCCUUGGAUCUCAGCAGCACCAAACGACAUCUCGUGCCUGGGGCCUACUUCCUGCUGGAGGCCUUGGUCCGAGAACUGUCAGGGUCUAUAGCCUCUGAUGUUCCCGUCAAAGUUUCUGCCACGCUGUUCUCUGGGUCUACCUCAAAAGUUGAAGACUUUCAGCAGAACACAAAUGGGAUCGGCCAAGUCAGCAUCCCCAUCUUUGUGCCACCAGCCACCACAGAACUGCAGCUCUUGGUGUCUGCAGGCUCCCACUACCCAGAUGUAGCCAGGCUCACCGUGCAAGGCCCACCCUUGGGAGGCUCCAGCUUUCUGUCCAUUGAGCGGUUGGACCUUCGGCCCCCUCGUGUCGGGGACACGUUGAGACUCAACCUGCAAACUGUGGGCAUCCUCAGGGCCACCUUCUCUCAUUACUACUACAUGAUCCUGUCCCGAGGCCAGAUCAUGGCUGUGAGUCGGGAGCCCAGGAGGACGCUGACCUCUAUCUCCGUGUUGGUGGAUCAUCACCUGGCACCUUCCUUCUACGUUGUAGCCUUCUAUUAUCAUCAAGGACGCCCAGUGGCCAACUCCCUGCGUGUGGACGUCCAGCCCGGGGCCUGCGAGGGCAAGUUGGAGCUGAAGGUGGAUGGUACCAAGAAGUACCGUGAUGGGGAUCUCAUGAAGCUCCACCUACAGACGGACUCCCCAGCCCUGGUGGCACUGGGAGCUGUGGACAUGGCGCUGUACGCUGUGGGCGGCAGGUCCCAUAAACCCCUCAACAUGGGCAAGGUCUUUGAAGUAAUGAAUGGCUACAACCUCGGCUGCGGUCCUGGAGGGGGCGACAACGCCCUUCAGGUGUUCCGGGCAGCCGGUCUGGCCUUCUCUGAUGGAGACCAGCUAACCCUGGCCAGAGAAAGCCUGAGCUGUCCCAAGGAGAAGAAAAGCCGGUCAAAGAGAAAUGUAAACUUCCAAAAGGCCAUCAGUGAGAAGUUGGGCCAGUAUGCGUCCCCAGCCGCCAAGCGCUGCUGCCAGGACGGGCUCACCAGGCUGCCCAUGAAACGCACCUGUGAGCAGCGGGCGGCCCGUGUGCCGCUGGGCUGCCGGGAGCCCUUCCUGUCCUGCUGCCAGUUUGCGGAGAACCUGCGUAAGAAGAAGCGCUCCAAGGGCCUGGAGGGCCUCGCCCGAGCCCUGGAGGUGCUGCAGGAGGAGGACUUGAUCCACGAAGAUGACGUUAUUGUGCGUAGCUUCUUCCCAGAGAACUGGCUCUGGAGAGUGGAGACCGUGGACCGCUCCAAAACGUUGUCACAGAUUCUUCCUGACUCUCUGACCACAUGGGAGAUCCAUGCUGUGAGCCUGUCCAAAACCAAAGGCCUGUGUGUGGCCACACCAACCCGUGUCCAAGUGUUCCGUGAGUUCCACAUGCACCUGCGCCUGCCCAUCUCUGUCCACCGCUUUGAGCAGAUUGAACUACGGCCGGUUCUUUACAACUACCUGAAUACGAACCUGACUGUGAGUGUCCACGUGUCUCCAGUGGAGGGACUGUGCCUGGCCGGUGGUGGAGGGCUGGCCCAGCAGGUGCUGGUGCCUGCAGGCUCCGCCAGGCCCAUCGCCUUCUCUGUGGUGCCCAUGGCUGCUGCUGCUGUGCCCAUAAAGGUGGUGGCUCGAGGGUCCAUAGACUUCCUUGUGGGGGAUGCAGUAUCUAAAGUUCUGCAGAUUGAGAAGGAAGGGGCCCUCCACAGAGAAGAGAUGGUCUAUGAACUCAACCCCAUGGAGCAUGGACGCCAGGCCUUGGAAAUUCCUGGCAGCUCUGAUCCCAAUAUGGUCCCUGACGGAGAUUUCAGCAGCUUUGUCAGGGUCACAGCUUCUGAUCCUCUGGACACUUUGGGCUCUGAGGGCGCGUUGUCCCCGGGAGGCAUAGCCUCCCUCCUGAGGCUUCCCAGGGGCUGUGCGGAGCAAACCAUGAUCUACUUGGCCCCGACCCUGACUGCUUCCCACUACCUAGACCAGACAGAGCAGUGGAGCAAACUGCCCCCCGAGACCAAGGACCAUGCCAUUGAUCUGAUCCAGAAAGGCUACAUGAGGAUCCAGCAGUUUCGGAAGGACGAUGGUUCCUUCGGGGCUUGGAUAAGCAGGGCCAGCAGCACUUGGCUCACGGCCUUUGUGCUGAAGAUUCUGAGUUUGGCCCAGGAGCAGGUGGGCGGCUCCCCUGAAAAGCUGCAGGAGACUGCCAAUUGGCUGUUGUCACAGCAGCUGGGGGAUGGCUCAUUCCAUGACCCCUGUCCAGUCAUCCACAGAGGCAUGCAGGGGGGCUUGGUGGGAAAUGAUGAGACCGUGGCACUCACUGCCUUUGUGGUCAUCGCCCUUCACCAUGGGCUAGCUGUCUUCCAGGAUGGGAGUGCUGAGCCAUUGAGGAGCAGAGUAGAAACCUCCAUCUCAAAGGCAAACUCAUUCUUGGGGAAUAAGGCAAGUGAGGGGCUCCUGGGGGCCCAUGCAGCCGCCAUCACAGCCUAUGCCCUGUCGCUGACCAAGGCCUCCCAGGAUCUGCGGGAUGUUGCCCACAACAACCUGAUGGCCAUGGCCCAGGAGAUGGGCGAAAACCUGUACUGGGGCGCAGUCGUUGGCUCUCAGAACAACGUCGUGUCACCCACCCCGGCCUCUCCCAUCCCAUCAGAGCCCGUGCCCCAGGCACCAGCCCUGUGGAUUGAAACCACAGCCUAUGGCCUGCUGCACCUGCUGCUGCGGAAGGGCGAGAAGGCUACGGCAGACAGGGCUGCAGCCUGGCUCACCCACCAGGGCAGCUUCGAAGGGGCAUUCCGCAGCACCCAGGACACAGUGGUUGCCCUGGACGCCCUAUCUGCAUACUGGAUUGCUUCUCACACCACUGAGGAGAAGGCACUCAACGUGACCCUCAGCUCCAUGGCCCGUGGCGGGUUCAAGUCCUACGUGCUGCAGCUCAACAACCACCAAGUCAAGGGGCUAGAGGAGGAGCUGAAGUUCUCCCUGAGCAACAAGAUCAGUGUGACUGUGGGAGGAAACAGCAAGGGCACCUUGAAGGUCCUUCGUACUUACAAUGUCCUGAGCAUGAAGAACACGACCUGCCAGAACCUUCAGAUUGAUGUGACAGUCGUAGGCCAUGUGGAGUAUACGAGGGAGGCAGAAGAGGACUAUGAGGACUAUGAAUAUGAGGACGUGCCGGCUGCAGACGACCCAGGUGCCCUCCCGCAGCCCGUCACGCCCCUGCAGCUGUUUGAGGGUCGCAGGAGCCGCCGCAGAAGGGAGGCCCCCAAGACCCCUGAGGAGCAGGAGUCCAGAGUGCAGUACACCGUGUGCAUCUGGCGUAACGGCAAGGUGGGGCUUUCUGGCAUGGCCAUUGCAGACAUCACCCUCCUGAGUGGAUUCCACGCCCUGAGGGCCGACCUGGAGAAGCUGACCUCCCUCUCUGACCGUUACGUGAGUCAUUUUGAAACCGACGGGCCCCACGUCCUACUGUACUUCGACUCGGUCCCAACCACCCGGGAGUGCGUGGGCUUUGGAGCGGUGCAGGAGGUGGCGGUGGGGCUGGUGCAGCCGGCCAGCGCAGUCCUCUACGACUACUACAGCCCUGAUCAUAAGUGUUCUGUGUUUUAUUCGGCACCGAGUAAGAGCAAACUGCUAUCCACCUUGUGCUCCGCGGAUGUCUGUCAGUGUGCAGAGGGGAAGUGUCCUCGGCAGCGGCGUGCCCUGGAGCGAGGGGUGCAGGACGAGGAUGGCUACAGGAUGAAGUUUGCCUGCUACUACCCCCGAGUGGAGUACGGCUUCCAGAUUAAAGUUCUCCGAGAAGAUGGCAGAGCUGCCUUCCGCCUCUUUGAGACUGAGAUCACCCAAGUCCUGCAUUUCACCAAGGAUGCCAAGGCCACUGCUGGUCAGACCCGCAACUUUUUGGUCCGCGCCUCCUGCCGCCUUCGCUUGGAGCCUAACAAAGAAUAUUUGAUCAUGGGUCUGGAUGGAGCCACCUAUGACCUGAAGGGAGACCCCCAGUAUCUGCUGGAUUCAAACAGCUGGAUUGAAGAGAUGCCCUCUGAACGCUUAUGCCAGAGCACCCGCCAGCGGGCGGCCUGUGCCCAGCUCAGAGACUUCAUACAGGAGUACAGCACCCAGGGGUGCCAGGUGUGAUGACGGCACUCUGAGUGCCCGAGCGCAGCCUCAGCCAGCGUCGGGGAUAUAAUAAAGGCCUUUGGAAGCAAAA